GGUUGCAUCGGUGUUCGACUUCUCUCCACUGAAUUCUUCAGUCGAUUGAUUUCGCCUUUCUGGAGCUCACAUGUGUUGUGUUUGGGAGAAAGAACAUGGCAGCUCCCUCGAAUGAAGUCCAGAUUGUUCCUGCCAAAAAGCGCACAGUCCAAGGACCACGGCGGGUAGCCAAUCAAAUUCCACAUGAAAUCCUGCAAGACCCUGAGUUACAGGAGGCGAUCAAAGCCCUGCCUGCAAAUUACAACUUUGAGAUCCACAAGACGGUUUGGCGAGUGAGACGAGCAAAUGCUAAGAGAGUGGCUCUGCAGCUUCCAGAGGGCCUGCAGAUGUUUGCCUGUGUCAUCGCUGACAUCAUUGAGAGGUUCACAGAGGCAGAUACAAUUGUGAUGGGGGACGUGACGUACGGGGCCUGCUGCUUGGACGAUUUCACCGCCCGAGCCCUGGGAGCUGAUUUCAUGGUGCACUAUGGCCACAGUUGUCUCAUCCCCAUAGACUCCACAGCAGGUAUUAAGAUGCUGUAUGUGUUUGUGGAUAUCCAGAUGGACAAUGCACACUUCCUGGACACGGUCAAGUUCAACUUCCCUCCUGGACAAUCUCUGGCACUCGUCAGCACUAUUCAGUUUGUGGCAGCACUGCAGGCAGUGAGUGCAGUGCUCAAGCCAGAGUAUGAUGUGUUAGUCCCACAGUGUCGACCUCUGUCACCCGGAGAAAUUUUGGGCUGUACCUCCCCUCGCUUGGACCGCCAUGUCAAUGCCAUAAUUUAUCUGGGAGAUGGAAGAUUUCACCUGGAGUCAAUCAUGAUCGCAAACCCAGAUAUCCCUGCCUACAGAUAUGACCCCUACUGUAAGGUGUUCUCCAAGGAGUACUAUGACCAUGAGACCAUGCGCGCCUUAAGGCUCCAGGCUAUUGACAAGGCUCGACUGGCCCAGAGAUGGGGUCUGAUCUUGGGCACGCUGGGCCGGCAGGGCAGCCCCAAAGUCCUGGAGCAUCUGGAGUCGAGGCUUCAAUCUUUGGGCAAGUCCUUCACUCGAGUGCUCCUGUCUGAGAUUUUCCCCAGCAAGCUGGAUCUGAUGCCAGAUGUGGAUGCAUGGAUCCAGAUCGCUUGUCCACGCCUUUCUAUCGAUUGGGGCUCAGCCUUCUCCAAACCCCUUCUGUCCCCAUAUGAGGCAGCUGUAGCUUUACAGGAGGUUGGCUGGAAGGAAGUCUACCCCAUGGACUUCUACUCCAAUCAGAGCCUGGGGCCAUGGGCGCCCAACCACCCUGACAACCAACCUGUGCGGCCCACUCGCAGACAGACCCAGAAUCAAGGCUCGGAGCCAACCCAUUCUACCAAGCAGUGUGCGCAGAACCAGUGCGUCCCCUGUGGCUGUCAAGGGGAAUAACACAUCAUGACCAGCGCUGUCUUCGUGCUUACCAGUGCCUCUGCCUUUGCUAAAGGCUGGAGAGAGGUCAGACCAGAGGAGGAGAGUGGGUAUUUGUCCAGACAAUCUAUCAACAAACAGAGCCCUCAGCCCCUCCUCAAAUGGAUUACCAGCCAUAAAUAAUCCCUCAUUGCUCUUAUUCACAUUUUCUGCAUGUGUUCUUAGCUCAAAAUACAUGCAACUGAGAAAAUAGCUUGUGUGUUUGCGCUCAUACACAUUCAUGUGUCAAAUUCCCAAGAAUAGAGUUGCUCUCUGCUGCGCUAAGAAAGGAGUUCUUCCUGCACAGGGGAAAUGUGUGGGUCUUUCUGUAAUGAAGACACAGGUUUUGUGAUUGUAAGAGACAAAAAGUGCGACAUGACCCUGAGCACGUUGUAUGGAAUUAAAGUGUCUGUUAAUGUGGGUGACUUCAGUCAAAUGCAAUCCACUCGUCCUUGGAUAAAGCACUGUAUGUUGUCGGACACUUCAAAUGACUUGCCCUUCAUGCUGUGUUUCAAAGACAGUCAUAGACAUAUUGUAUGAAGCACUUUUUAUUUGAUGUACACUAUGUGACAGUAUGUGUGUAUUCUAUUGAAAUGUACAAAUUGCAUUAUUAUAUAACCUUGUUUCUGUCUCUUUUUUCUAGUCAAAUUCUGAAACAAUAAUUCAGAAAGAGAACCUUGCUCCUUGUGUGAGUGUGUUGGGUUUUUUUUUGGUAAACGCAGUGCCAUGCUGAAGCGAUGGGUCUGUUUUUAAGGCUGAGGGGUAUGAGUUCCUAGAUACGUGCAGUGCUAGUCACGACUGCUCUCCAUCCUCAUUAUUUAUUGAUGGAGGAGUCUGUCAAUAAAUAAAUAAAUAAAUAAACACUGUAUUGCUGUUUGGCUGCCACAACAGAAAGUGAUUGACAACAGCACACCAUUGCUUCAGCUCAUCCCGAGAACUUAUGAAUCUUCCCCAGAUUGCAGCAUGUUGUCUCAGGUGGGAAUGAUCUUCUGUGAGUUUUGUUAUUUGACUACAACUACUAGGCUUCUGUAGUCAGAUCCUUCCUCUACUUUCCACUGUCGUAUCUCCCUGGCAACAGAGUUCUGUGUGGUGCAUCCCGUCUCGCCAGAUGUCCGUCUUUCUCAUGAUGUGUCUCACAUGUCCCACUGGUGGCUGUUAUUUUGAGGAGCUCAGUACUUGUGAGUGUGAUGCAUGGCGGUCGGGAAUAAAGUAUUGGGCAGCAGAGCUCUCUCUCAGCUGAUGUUUGAUUUGUUUUUUUAGCAUACUCUCAGGGGGAAAGAGGGCAGAAGUUUGAUAAAUAGUGUCUUCUCCCCAUCUAAAGUGUGCCGUUUUUAAUCUCAGCCUAAAGAUUUGUUUUGCUUUAAAAAUUAAUUACUUACUGAUUUGAACAUCAGUAAAAGAGGAUGUGUUUUAAAAAAUGUCCUCGAUGGGAAGACAUAGUUGUGAUAAGGUUAGAAUUUAAACCAUUUUAGAUGGAACUAAUGGGUAUUUAAACAUCAUAAUUCAAGUGAAAUAGGGCCCUUAUUACAUCCCUAACAGAGAACAAUAGCAGAGGCCUGCACGUGUUUUCACAAUCAAAACUAAUGAAAUGUUAACAUAGAUGCUUGUUGUAUUUCUUUUUGGUAGAUCAUUCAUAAUCAAGUUAAUAAAGAUCAGAUUGAAUAUAUUUAGUUUUUGUUUGUAAAUAUUAUCUGAACCAUACGUUCCUAUUCCUAUUCUCGCUCUCAUUGCUUAUUUUUUAUUGGGAUCCCUGCUGAUUGUUAUCUUGGCAACAAGUAUUCUUCCAUACUUAGAUCCAUGUUGAAAAAUUACAAUAUAAUCAACAUAUAGUACAUAAUACAGUUAUGUCAAUAAUCUCCACCAUUAGUAGUACUAUCAUUACUAUUAUUAAUCAUGAUAAAAGUACAUCAAAAACAAAUAUAAGACAUACAAAACAUUAACCAAAUAAUUGAUUAGCAAAGUAUAAAAAAGAUGAUCUUUGUUCAUUUGAAGAUCUAUACUUCAAAGAAAGUCAAAGAAUACUUAUUUUGCAGGUCUAUCUUCAAGACUAACCUCUUUAGUUGCUUCUUUAAACAUUUUUUACAAGAUUGAAAUAUAAAGUUAUGGCAGAGUAUGCCAGUGAAACAUGGCUCUGUACGUAAUUGUUUUUUUGUUUGUUGUCAUUGCAUAUACUUAUGUAGUCUAAUGUCACCCAGCCUGAUCUUAUCAACAUGCUGCAGUGUUUAUUGUUUUAAUAAUGAACAAUUAAGUAAUUCACAGAGCACAAAGUAUAGCUACUGAUUAAAGUGAAAAAAACCUUUCUAGCUAAUUAUUGCCUGUGUAAAAUAGAGAAAAAACAAAAUGGUGGAGUUGCACAAAUGCAAAAAUCUUUUUAAUAAUCUUUUUUUCUGAGUAGUUGGAUGGAGCUAUUUCAGUGCACAUUGUGGUUACUUGAUUUGGCUCAUGGAAGCAAACUAAAAGAGGAGUUAGACCGGAAAGUUAAUGAGGCUCUGAUCCACAAAUCUGUUUUAACUGUGCCAGCCACAGACAGAAGGCUGUGUGAGUCAAUGUAAACCCCAGUCAGUCUGCCUGUUCUCUCAGAUUCAUUACCAGCUGUGCCAACAGCUGAAUGACCACUAGGUGGCACUGUUUGCAUAGCUUAUUUGCAGUCCUGUAAGGCAUUUAAGACACACUUUUCAAUGUGCAAAGCCUGUGCUUGGCAUGGCAGUACGUGAGUGAGUGUGCUUGGCAGAGUGCAAGUACCCAGUGUACUUCUGUAACUGGUGUGUGCAAUUCUUUCCAGAUGUGGUAGGAAUUUGACACUACGCUCUUUCAUCCUCCUUGGCAUCCCAUCUCUUCCCUUCUCCCCUGCACCCUCCCUGCUCUGAAUGUGUUUGCCAUCACACUUCCUCUGCCAUCAGCACCCAGUUUCCUGUCCAGAAGGCACGGCUCGCCGUAGAGAAUUUGUGACAUGUUUAUUAUGGAUGUUAGGACUCUGCAGAGGCCGCCAGUUUGAGCCUGUGCUUAACACAACAGGUGCUCAGGUUACGUACUGCUCACUGUGAUAUCGAUAAACCCUGACUACAUGGUCAGCUGGUUGCCAUUGGUGCCCAGCACUUGUUUGCGUAGCCUACAGCAGUAAGCAGUGAUAUGACUCAAAAGCCAUCAGCUAAUGCAGAGGAGUUGAUUGAAAUAACACAUUUUCAGUAAAUAUCAACUGUUUGCCAGGGUUAAUGUUUUUCUGUGGCUUUGUCUGGUACCUGCAAGCAGGUAAAAUAUGUCAGCACCCGUGAUGUAUUUAGUUGUUUAUUUCUCUGACAAGGAAAAGGCUGAGUCACAGCAGUCUCUCGCUGUCUCCUCCUCUCUUUUAUUGUCACUGACCCCCUCCUUCCUGCAUGUCAGGCAACUUUACAUUUACCCUCUCGCUAAGUAAAUCCAUUAUCCCAAGCUUUUAUCAUAGUUAGCGUUCAUUUGCUUCUCAUAUGUUUCUUAUUAUUACUGGACUUUUCAUUCCAAAAGGGAUAUCAGGCAUGGGUGGAAAAGAGACGAGUGUUGAAAUAUCUUUUAUGACUCAUGGCACUACAACAAAAAUAAACAGAAGAGGAGGAGAUUUGUUUCACAAGUUUGUUUUUGCAUUUUUUUCCCAUCAGUGUUGCUUUGAGGCAGAGUGUGAUUUCAGAAUACCACAUGUGACUUGGGCUGUGCUGGGGAAGGAGUGGCAGUAGAGGACAUGUAUAUAAGAUCCAAAACUGAGUGAAUACAAGUCUAUAUUUCAGUGUCUUCAGUGCUCCUCUCUUUCUGUAUGUCUCUGUUUUUCUUUCAGCAGUUCCCCUGGAUUACAUUAGAACUUAACAGAAAUCACAAGAAAAAACAACUGAUUUGGUUUAACUUGCCUGUAUUUACAUCUGUCAAGAUACUGUAGGUGGGUGAGAAACUGUUUAGGGAAAAGUAUGAGGGGGGGAGAAUCAAUGCACUGCUGCAGAGGAAUGCUGUUUGAAAGAUUUCUUUGAGUGUGCUACGGCAAUAAUAAUGGAUGUCUGAUGUGACAGUGCAGUGCAUGUGUAAUUUCAAUUUUAGAAGAAGGGCCUAGAGAGAAGAGCUGCAUGUUAUCAGUGUACAAGCUGUUUCUGCAUGAUUUAGAUAUUUCAGUGAACAGUUUCUGAAGAGGCAUUCAUAGAAAGCCUGUCUUAGCUAUUGUACAUAUUUUACAGCAUGUGUAAACCCCGAAAUUGCGUGUUCUUGAGUAAAUUGGGCUUCUAGGUACCACAAAUCUCUAUAUUGUUAUAUAUGUUUUUGCUACUUAUGUAAUAUAUAUAUAUAUAUAUAUAUAUAUAUAGAAACAUAUAACAUUAGAAACAAGUAAUAUUAGACAGAAAAUAGAACUUUGUCAGAACAGCCUGUUGUAUUCAUGUUAAAACUAGUCUAAUUCCAAGUGUUUCUUUGUUAAUUUGUUUAAGUAGAAUCCUAUAAUGCUGGGAAUUAACAGCUAUGUAUUUAACAACCCCUUGAUCUGCAUCCCUGUGGAAAUUUGAACAAUAAAUGAUUAUGUCUAGAG